CCUGCGAAAAAGCACUUCACUGCCUCCGACUCCCAAGCUUUUCUCUCUCACUUCGCUCCCACCAUCUCUCUCAUUUUGAUUCUCUGGCUCAAAGCAGAAAACUGCCAAAAACUGUAACUUCGGUGGACACGGAAGAUACGACCACUGACCCAGAUCAAUUUCGAACUCAAAAGCCGAUCGCCUAUCGCUUUAGAUAACAAUGGUCGACGUCGACCGGAGGAUGACCGGUCUUAACCCGGCUCAUGUUGCCGGCCUACGGCGACUCUCUGCCCGUGCUGCGUCCGUUCCGGCCACUUCCUCUUCCUCAUCCUCCCUGCCUGCACGUAACGGCCUCCUGUCGUUCUCUUCUCUGGCAGAUAAAGUCAUGACUCACCUCCGCAGCUCAGGCAUACAGGUUCAACCUGGUCUCUCCGAUGCGGAGUUUGCUAGAGCAGAGGCUGAGUUCGGUUUCGCAUUCCCACCGGACCUUCGAGCCGUUCUCGCCGCUGGCCUUCCCGUCGGCCCGGGAUUCCCAGACUGGCGCUCCCCUGGUGCUCGACUCCACCUUCGUGCUUCGCUGGAUUUGCCAAUCGCUGCGAUUUGUUUUCAAAUUGCCAGGAAUACUUUCUGGUCCAAGUCCUGGGGUCCGAGGCCGUGCGAACCGGAAAAGGCAUUACGAGUCGCCAGGAAUGCGCUCAAGCGAGCUCCUCUUUUGAUUCCUAUCUUCAACCAUUGUUACAUUCCUUGUAAUCCCUCCCUGGCCGGGAAUCCUAUAUUCUUCGUGGACGAGAAUAGGAUCUUCUGUUGCGGUUUGGAUCUAUCGGACUUCUUCGAUCGCGAGUCUCUUUUCCAGAGCUCCGAAUCCGAUCUUAUACUGAAGAAGCAGAGAUCCGUUAGCGAGAAAUCCGCGGGUUCGUCGACCAACUUCUCGAGGAGGAGCUUAGACACAGGAAUCGUCGCAGGAGGAAGAACACCGAGGUGGGUCGAGUUUUGGAGCGAUGCCGCCGUUGAUCGGCGGCGUAGGAACUCAUCGUCUUCGUCGACAUCUUCGCCGGGGAGAUUCUUCGAGAUCCCCCGGUCAGUAGUCCCGAAAUGGGUUGAGGAAUACAUAGGCCAAAUCGGGUCGGUUUUGAGAGAAGGCGGUUGGAGCGAGUCGGAUGUAUCCGAUAUCGUGGAGGUAUCUGCGGCAGGGUUCUUCGAAGGAGAGAUGGUGAUGUUGGAUAAUCAGGCGGUGCUGGAUGCUCUGUUGCUGAAAGCGGAUCGACUCUCGGACUCGCUCCGUAAAGCCGGGUGGAGCUCCGAGGAGGUGUCGGACGCUCUAGGAUUCGACUUUCGACGGGAGAAGGAAAGGAAACCGGUUAAGAAGCUAUCGCCUGAAUUGGUGGAGAGGAUCGGGAAACUUGCAGAGUCAGUUUCCGGUUCAUAGCGUUUCUCAUUUCCUUCUCUUUGUUCACUUAAAAGGGAAAAAAGAAAUUGAAUUUUAAUUUUGGUAAAGACAUUGGGGCGUGUUUUGUAAACAAUGAAUGAGGAAUUGGGAAAGGUAAGCGUAAAAAGCUGUAUUGUACUGUUACGGAACAACAUGGAAUAUAGAUCAAAGGGUUCAUAAUUAAAUGUUUACAUAUAUAAAUAAAAUAGUUUACAUACUGUUUGUUUUGUACAGCGCC